AUGCGGCAGGAGGAGGACGCCGGGGCGUCGCGCGCUGCGGGCUCGCGUCACCCUGUGCUGCCUGCCGGCUCCAGCUGUGAUCCCAAUCCGGAAGGCCUCAGCUAUGGGCUGCUGCCCCGGCCCUGCCGCGCGCUCGUGUUGCUGAACCCGCUGAGCGGCCCCGGCCUCGCGCUCAAGGACUUCCACGCGCUCGUGCAGCCCAUGCUGGCUGAGGCCGACAUCGCCGCCACCGUCUUCGUCACGGCCAUCAACUACUACGCGGGCAACGAGCAGGUCUCGAAGCACGAGCUGCUGAUCAACUGCGCCUUCAUCCUCUGCAAGGGGCUGCACACGCAGAUGGACCUUGUCUCGCUGAGCACGGCCUCGGGCAAGCGCCUCUUCUCCUUCCUCAGCUUCGGCUGGGGCUUCAUCUCCGACGUGGACAUCGCAAGCGAGAAGUACCGCAAGCUGGGCAAUGCCCGCUUCACGCUGGGCACCCUGCAGCAGCUGGCCCGGCCCCAGCUGUACCGGGGGCGCCCCUCCUACCCGAACACCCUCCUCCUCCUCCUGUAG